CUCAUUCUUAAAGGAUGCUUCAAUAAAAAAGAAAAUUAGAAAGCCCACCUGGCAUUUGCUGUGGUCACAUAGAGGGACCAACAUGUCAUUGAGUCAAACAAGACCUUGAACAUCACAGCUGGUGGAACUUCAUAUUUUUUAUGUCCCAGCAGAAGUAUGGAACUUCAAGCUGAAUACAGUUCCUGUAGCUCUUACUAGCAAAUUUGUCUCAGCUGGAUUUAUAAGGGUGUCUCCUCACAUCACAUUAAGAUUGCUGCGGGAGAGGCUUGGAGAGUACCUGGGUGGAGUGACAAAUGCAGAUAAAUUCAGAUUUUUAAAAUGCAUUGGGAAAAAACUAGCAGUGGUGAAAGCAAAGCAGGAAACAGAACUGGAACUGAAGUCAUUUGCUCCUCCUUAUGCACUUUAUCCUGAAUUAUAUUUAUUACCUGGAGUGGAAUAUUUUGAAGAUGUUUAUUCAUUACCAUCAUCAACUCAACAAAAACAUCACGUUAUUGAAGAAGCUAAUAGGUUUGGUCAUGGAUCAAGAUUAUCCAGCCUUUCCCAGCAGAAAUCUGAAAAAAGCAAACCAUUUUCAGAAAGUAUACAAAGCAGACAUCAGGUAGAAAAUCUAGAAGUGCGCUGUCCUGUGGAAUGGGGUGAAAAAGAAUCUCUUCCAGUUUCACACACAAAUAAUAAGCAAGACAAUAACAGCAGGAUUCCAGAAACACAAUUUGGAGAAAAAGAUUGAAGUGGAUUUGAUGGAUCUCUCUUCAUGCCAAGUCAUUCAAAUCCUGCAGAUCAGGAGACUGGAAAGUGUGACCUGGUAUUCCAGACCUCUGAUCUCAGCCAAGAUCAAGAAGACUGCAAUGCUCCAAAGUGGAAUGGCAAAGCCAAAGGAACUGCUCUUUCUCAUGUAAACCCCAGUGACAAACAAAGCCAGGAACUAGGAAACAUGGAAAAUAAUGAACACCAAAAAGAUACCAAAUUAAGAAGAGACCAGGACCAGGAUGCUGAAAUUCUUAAAAUAAUGGAAGACCAAACUACAGAUUACGUCCACAAAAAACAAAGCUUGCAGCAAAACAGAACUAAGAAGACUAGAGCUGGUCUUGGUGAAAAACUGGAUAAUCAGGCAAAUGAAGACAAGCAAAAUCAUCUUUCUUGUCCAAAAGGGUGUAUUUCACCUCCUAGUCCACCAUUUUUGGCACUUACUGUAAAUCCAGCUCAAAUUCCUGCAGUUCCAGCAGCAAAAAACAAGAUGAACAAGACGGUAGAAGAAUUGCACAUGGGAAAAACUAGAGAAGAACUGAUCAAAAAAGCUAAAGGGCUGCUGGAACAAAAUAAGCUGAGGAGAUACCAUGUUCGUGAGGAAUGGAAGAAAAAGUACUUUCAAGCUAAGAAAGCUACAGUUUCACUGGAGGACACUUCAAAAAAACUGCAACAAGAUUUAGAGCUUUACCACCAGAAAUUGCUCUUGCAAUUGGAAGCUAGAGAUAGCAAAAAACGACCAAACAAUACAAAUAAAUCACAGAAUUACACAAUCAUCUGGAUUGCUACAGUGCAGCAUGAACUCGAUCAACUGAGAAGGAAGCUAGAUGAUACAAAAAUGAGACUCCUAAUAGGAAUUAAGAUGAGAAAGCAGGCAGCAUCUGAUUUACGAGCACUGAGAGCGGAACUGACACAGAAGAAGAUUCAUUCAGCUUUAAUUCUCCAGUCCAGAAAAUCAAGAAUUUAAAUAGAUGACAUGACUAACCUCUGUGAAGUUGACAGCAGCUCUCUAGUGUAUGUAGAAGAGAAUUCCAGAGCAUUUGUUUGUAUGUUCCUGAAGUUAUUUUGUAAAAAGGCAAUAACUAUUUAAAUGUUGUGGAAUUUGUAUACUAGGCUACUGAGGUAAUGCAGCUUACUUCUUUUUAAAUCUCACUGUAAGAUUAGUCAGCUACUUAAACAUACAGUUUAAGCUAGUAACAUGUCUAAAACUAAUUGUGUAACAUCCUAAUGGUAUGCUGAAGUUCUUUGAUGAACUAUAUAGCUACUAAGAAAUAAACCUAAAGUCUGUAACCUCCUGUUCUUAUUUUCAGGCUUACAUAUCCCAUUUUUUAGAAAUUAUUAAAAUAUGGUUUCUGUAGAGGUACAACAGUAAUCCUUUAUUUGGCUAUUUACUGGAGUAUGUUUUUGCCAUUAUAAAUAUGCCUAUCUAUAAAUUACCAAUGUAUCAUUACUAUAUGAUUAUGAAGCAUAAACAAAAUACCUUUAUUCCAUAUCUAGCUGGUUUUGCUCCCUCUCUUAUUAGGAAAGGCACAAGGACAUUAACUGUCUUCUGUAGUCUGAAAGCUUGCCUGAAAGCUUUCUCUUGGACCAGUAUAAUGAUGAUCCUGUUCAAAUUUAAACUCUUGCAUAUUCUGCAUUUCCUUAAUUCUAAGGACAUGCAAGUCCUGAGAUAAACAAUUCUCUGAAAGAGGCAUCAGAAACCUCUCCAUAGGAAUUCUUUUCUAGCUCUGCUGUUUGCCUCUUUCCAAACCAGAUGUUAUUAUAUUAAGCAGAAGAAUAACAUGCUAGGAAUUAAUCUCAGCUAAAAAGCUGUCAAGGCUGUAUUUAUUAUUGGAAGUGAAACACUCAUGAGAAAUAAGUUAUAUGAUAAGAAAAUUAUGCAGCUCUCAAAAGAACUAACUUGGCAAUGUCUUGAGUCAAACCACCCAUUAUCCAAUUUAUUUUCUUAAAUAUAUGACUUAACAAAGAUUUUAGUGCUAAAGGAUUAAAUAAAUUAUUAAAACUACACCCACUUUUGCUUAAUUCAGGGUUGAAGCUCACAUUCUCUAUUUAAGAAUUGUGUCUUAUUUAAGAUACGAGAGCAGGCUACUAGCUACUGGAAAAUCAGAACCUAAAUUUAAAAUAUAGUAUUAUCAAUUCAUGAUUCUUGACAGCUACAGGAGAGUUUUAUUAUUAAGUCAUCUGGCCCUCAGAAUUUUGUAGGUCAGAUAUUCAUACCAGAAGACUCUCAAUUCAGCAAUAUCCAUCUCACAGUAUUUAAGCAUUUAAGUAGUAAUAGACAUUCUGUAGUACAUUUAUGUGUGUAGAGAUAAAUAUAUAUAAUAUAUAAAAUGUAGCAGUUUCUCUUAAGACUUACAGAGUGGUGUUGUAAUGAAAAGCCUCCUGAUUCAUUAAGGGAAUUUUUUAGUUUCUGCACGAGCAGUAGGCUUCACCUUCUGCUUUCCAACACCUAUAUCACAAUAUCAAACAGACAAUUCAGAUGAAAUCUUCCAGUCUUUUCCUCAGUAGCCAUUAUGGUAAUGCUGCCCUACUGUGGUAACUCUUUAGCAAGCAAAAAAACCCAAACAAACAACCCAAACCAAACCAA